GUUUAAAGAGAAUUCUGUCGGCAUCAUCCCAUUCCUACGCAACUCACUAGUCACUAGUGCGAUCGCUCCUCUGCGUCUCACAGAAUUGCUAUGCAGAAAAUUUGAGAGAUUAUUUAUUACAGAAGCGGGUUUUCAGAGAAUAAUGAAGUGGUACGUCAAAAUGUUGGCUCUUCACAAGCACAAAUCUUCAAUACUUAAACUAAUUGUAAUGAUCAUAGCCACUUUUUUCGCGCUUAGAGUUUUUAUUAAUAAUUCCACUGAAUUUCCUCCUGAUUCUUCCCUUCUUCAAAAACCCACCUCAAUUCAAUCACCGUCUCCUGUGUUUCUUCAGCCAUUGCAUGAUUUUUCACCUGAUGCUUCAAAAUUCAGAAUUAAUGAUGAAGUGUCUGAAAAAACAGGAACAUGUGAUCUUUUUGCGGGGGAUUGGAUCCCGAAUCCAGCUGGACCUGCAUAUAUUAAUGAAACUUGCAAUUUCAUUGAAGAACAUCAGAACUGCAUGAGGAAUGGGAGGCCUGAUUCAGAAUAUCUCUACUGGAGGUGGAAACCAAAAAAUUGCGAGCUUCCUCAGUUCAAUGCCUUGAAAUUUCUCGAGAUGAUGCAGAAUAAAACAUGGGCAUUUAUUGGCGACUCUAUCUCUCGGAAUCACGUGCAGUCGUUAAUCUGUAUGCUCUCGAAGGUGGAAGAAGCGGAGAUGUUUUAUCACGAUGAAGAAUACAGAUCUAAAGGAUGGCGUUUUACGUCUUACAACUUGACCAUAUAUGUUAUAUGGUCUCCCUUCCUUGCAGAAGCUGCGAUUUUUGAAGAUUUCAAUGGUGUUGCAAGUCGGGAUAUUGAAUUGCACCUUGACAGACUCGAUAAGAAAUGGACUGAUUUAUACAAAAACCUUGACUACAUGAUCAUCUCCUCGGGAAAGUGGUUUAUGAAGAACGCGAUAUAUUACGAGAAUGAAACAAUUUUGGGAUGUCAUCACUGUCAGAAGAACUACACUGACCUUAAUUUAGAGUUUGCAUACCGUAAAACUCUGCGGUUUGUGCUCAAUUUUAUCGCUACAUCCGAUCAUAAAGGGCUGAUCUUUUUUAGAACAUCAACCCCAGAUCAUUUUGAAGGUGGGGAAUGGUCCAGCGGCGGAAAGUGCAACAGAACGGUCCCAUUUAAAGAAGGCGAGGUUGAGAUAAAGUAUAUGCAAAAGAUGCUGCGACAAGUCGAGCUGGAGGAAUUCAGGAGUGCAGUAGCACGGACUUCUGAAAAUGGUGUGCGUCUAAAACUUCUCGAUUUUAUGCAGCUUUCUUUGUUGAGGCCUGACGGACACCCUGGUCCGUAUAGAAAGUUAGACCCGUUUGCAAACGAUAAAAAUGCACAAGUGCAGUAUGAUUGUUUGCAUUGGUGCUUGCCUGGGCCAAUAGAUGCUUGGAAUGAUGUUAUUAUGGAAAUGGUAGUUGAUGGAUGAGUUGUUUUUGAACUUGAAAAGUAUGAAUGGUAGUUGAUGUUAUCAUUCAUGAAUCAUGUGUAAAUAUAGGAUAGUGCCCUUUGGUUGGGUUGUACAAUAGCUUAAAAUUCAAAUCCUCCAAUGUUUUCCCUCGAGGCAUUAUUCCUGAUUUUGCUGA